AGGUACCACCCAAAACAGUGCGACGCCUACCAAUUUCGAAGUACCUUCGCUCUGCCCGUUGACGGGGUCCCUAGCGCAUCCAAAUUAUUAUUCAGAAUCAUGAACCUUAGCUCUAUUGGAACAUUACCCUAUCCUAAAAGCGGGACCUAUGCUCUGAAGUAUUAUGCUAGAGCGUCAGGUGGAGCACUGGCAAUACAGGCCUUCCGCCGCCCAGGGUCGGCGACGUUUAACGGAGAGCUUUGAAUAGUCACUGCCAUGCUCUAUUGCAGCUGCCAUCUUAUACAUAUUUAUCAGCAUCCGCACUCAGCAUCCGGAAGAAUGUUGAGAACACCACGCCAAACACAAUAAUCACAGAGACAAGGAACAAUCUCAACAACCAUAACUAUUUACAACUACCUAUUACAACAUAAUGGCUCGCGUUAGACGGAACUGGACGCCUGAGGAGGACGCUCUUCUCCGAUCGGUUGUCAAUAAUGCUAUGGCUCAAUCUCGACCACUUCUAUGGCGAGAGUUGGCCAAAUCCAUACCCGGACGUUCUAACAAGGACUGCCGACGAAGAUGGUGGAACACACUUGCAGACUGCACGGCUAAGGGUUCGUGGUCUGCCGAGGAGGACGCACGGCUCAUCGAGGCCGUUCGCCAAUAUGGUCCCAACUGGGGCCAAGUCGCACGGGCUGUUAAGUCGAGGAACUCGGAUCAGUGCUCUAGCCACUGGAGCCAAGUGCUCGACCCCAGCAUAAAUCACUGCGACUGGACUGAAAAAGAGGAUUCCGAUUUGCUUCACGCAGUUCUCACACAUGGUACCAACUGGACUACCAUCGCAGCUUCUCACACUCCCCGAAGAACCACACUAGCUCUCAAGAACCGAUACUCCACGCUACGAUUAAGACACGAGAAUGGUGGAAAGUCUAAGGACCGAAGUGUCUCAAGGGCGUUUUCGGUUAUGUCUAGCAGCUCCGAAGGCACCGCCGCAACCACUCAACGAGACACAAAGACCCCUCAACGAACCGACGAUGACGAAUAUGAUGAGGACAAGGAGUACGAAGACAGUGUAGACGAGCGCACAGAGGACGCAAAUGCCACCAUCAUUGGUAGCCACAUAAACGGUUUAGGCAUGUCGACAUUGAACUCCUGGGCCAACCCUGGUCUAUUGACGCCUCCUACUUCUAUGCACAACGGCACAUCUUGCAUCUCUACACCGAGCUGGUCGGGCGAGACGAUCGACACUCUUCACUACGCCAACCAAUACCCUCUCGACUCACACUCUUCCCCAUACUUGGGACUUGGAGGAGAGGAAUUCUUCGGUGUUGGUCACGACCUAGCGGGAAUGGGCACCUGCGCCCCUUACGCAGUAUAUGGCGGAGACUCGAUGCACCUCAACUACUCUCGCUCGCCUAGCUGCUCCCCUCCUUCGCAAACUUCGUCGUCGACACCCUCUAUCAGCGGUCACCUAAUGGACCCCGAGACCGCUCCUUCUACACCACCUUCAUGCAUGACAACCCCGAGCUUUACCCCUCCUGCUCAGUUCGACGAUUUUAACACUUGCUCAGUCACCAUCAACGCGAACUGCACGACAUUGCAACUCGAAGCGAUCAUGAAGAGCCUAUCCGGCAUCAAAUCGAACGUUAAGAUCGACCCUAGUUCACUAUAAAUAUUCAACACCUAUUUCAUCUAAUAUUCACCAAUUCAUCACCCGUAUAUAUAUCUCCGACAUCGAAUCAACACGAUGUAUCAUGACGAAUGAUACGAAACCUGCCCGGCGAGCAGAUGGGAUAGAAAGAGGACUUGAAGUCCCGUAUAUUUGUUUGCAUUUACAACUACAUUUGUUUUUUUACACAGCGGGCGUUGAAAGGAAAAAUAGAAAACCGGCAACGGUUAAAGGGUGCAUCGCAUACUUGAUCUAGCAUUUACAUUUUGCAUUUUAAACGGGCAUAUACGCCCUCAAGAUACCACUGCAGCAUUUCUAUUUUUUCUAGUUAGAAUUAGAAUAUAUUAGAGGCAGUAGUCCUUGGAUCUUUACAUCUCA